CUUCAAUUCACCCACAAUGUAAUGUUCAUCUGGAAAAUCCUUAACUCCCGGACCAUCCAAUUUCUCAAUCCAAUUAGUAAUACAUUAAAUCCCCAACCACAUUAGAGAGAGAGAAAGUGCGCGCUUAGCUAGCCGGCAUCAGAAUUCAGAAGAGAGAUGGAGGAGCUAGGGAAGCAACAGGGGUUUAAAUGCUGCUGUUCAUGGCCAUAAAGAAAACCAUCACCUCCUCCACCUCAACGAGCAUCAUCAUGCAUAACCUCCACAACACAAGCCACCAUCAGUCCAUCAUCAUCAUUAUAUAAUGCAAACUGGAGUUGCACCACCGCACCACAAAUACCCAGGCAGGCACACCACCAUCGAGGUAGCCUGGGUUCCAUUCCACAGUUCCAGCAGCACCAGCAACCACCAGUACACCCGCGCGGUGGCCUCCGUGCGGCAGUGUUGGAAGAUGAGCAGGAACAACGGCAAGGUCGGGUCGAAGCUGCAGGAGCUGCGGCUGAGCCUGUCGAGGUCGUCGUCGUCGUCGCGCGGGGGCGCGGCGGGGGGCUCGUCGGGGGCGACGACCCACAACCAUGGCGGCGGCGGCGGAAGGGGCUCGCCGAGGAGGCUCUCGUCUUCGUCGUCGUCGACGGCUUCUCCCCCGAGCUCGUGCGUGUCGUCGGAGGGGAGCCCCGAGGCGGGAGCGGCAGGCGCGCCGAUGAUCCUGGCGGGGUGCCCCCGGUGCAUGAUGUACGUGAUGCUGUCGCGGGAGGACCCCCGGUGCCCCAAGUGCCACAGCACCGUGCUCCUCGACUUCAACGACGCCCCCAACGACCCGCGCCACGCCAAGGGAAAGGGCGGCAAGCGAGGCUGACGACGGGACAGCUAGCGCUAGCGCCGCCGCCGUCGUCGUCGUCUCGCCGGCCGGCCAAGAGCUAGCGCAACUGCGUGCAUGCCGUCAGUUGUGUCCUUUACGUACGGUCGUACGUAUACGUGUUCCAUGUGUGUCCGUGUGUGUUCGAGUUGAUCAGAGAAAGGAAUUAUUGCGUAGACCCGUUCUUCCAUGGGCCAGCUAUAGGAUGAGAAGUGAAGCUAGCUGCAGUAGUAUAUGUUGGACAUCGGGGUGCCAAUGGAACGGGUCUAGGUAAUAAUUCCGGCCGCGUCGUCCCUCGGUCUCUACCUUUGUGUUGUGUGUGUGUGUGUGUGAUGUCUACAGAAGACUUGCGUCGGUGCAUGUCGUGUACGUGUGCUUGUUGUGGUCUGUACGGGGCAUGCAGUACUGGUAAGGAUUAAGAUUUUGUCUCGCUGAUUUUAUGGACCGUAAUGUUGCUCU